CUGACUCCUGUGUGCAGCGAUAAUGCACAACAAGCCUUUAGCUGUGUGUUUGUGCCUGUGUUUGGUUGCUUUAGCAGCCGAGGGUAAGCCUGAGAAGGGACGAGGAGAGAGGCAGAGGAGCUCCAAGCAUUUCUUACCCACUGACGAUGCACUUGAGUAUGAUAACCCAUUCCUUCCAGGACGCAGCAGCCAGUGCUUGGUGAAUGGGAUUUCUCUGUUUGAGGGGGCUGUCUGGUCUCCGGAGCCGUGCAGUGUGUGCCAGUGUAAAUAUGGUGCAGCGAGCUGCCGAACCAUACCAUGUUCAGCAAGAGCUUCACCCACCCUGAAGUCUGUGGUCGGGAAACACAAUCCACCAUUUGUGGGGAAAAAAAGACAGAAAAACAGACUGACAGGAAAUGGAAAACCACCUGUGGAGACGGAGGUUCGGCAGGUGAAGCCCAAGAAGAGCAAGAUGGAGAUCGUCCCAGCCAAAGAAGUUUGGCCCUCCAUACCCAGGAAGCAAGCAAAGAAAAACCAAGAUGUGAGAGUGAGUCUGGAUGCUGUAAAGCCUCCCAAGAUUCCCGCAGUGCCCACAGACCCUCAGUUCAUGAGGCCCAUCCCUUUCGACAGUGAUGACCACGAUGAUGACGACUAUCUAGAGGACGACAGUGACAGCGAUGACGAUGACGACGACAGCAGUAUAUCAGUGUUCAGAUCUGCUGUCCGGCCCGUGACAGUGGAAAGACGAGUAAUGCCUCCCACACUUAAACCAGCUGCACCACGAGCGGAACCAGCCUUCGCUCUUCCCACAAGAAGAUCCGUGAUCCUGCCUGCUGGAAGGCCACUGCCUGCACCCGCUGGGAGACCAGUGGACAGAGGUGCUGGACAUCCAGUCAUUCGCACCUCUGUUCAUAUGGAGUCUCUUCCAUCAGGCUGUCUGCUUUCAGAGUCUCUCAUCGCUUGUGGAAACACUCGUCUUACACAAAUGCCCAUCAUCAGAGAUGCAGGGGUCAGGAGUCUCUUUCUAGCAGAUAACAAAAUCAGCAAGAUCCCGGCACAUGCUCUGGCAGGUCUGCCCAACCUGGAGUGGCUCGACCUCAGCAAGAACAAGCUGGAUGAUUUCUCUUUAGCACCAGAUGUGUUUAAGAACUUGACGAAGCUCCGGAGGUUGAAUCUGGAUGGAAACAACUUCACUAAAGUGCCGUCUCUCCCUCCCUCGCUGGUGGAGCUGAAGAUCAACGAUAAUAAACUCAGCGGUCUCACUCCUCACAGCUUUAAGGGUCUGGCACAGCUGCUGACGCUGGAGUUAGAGGAUAAUUAUUUCCACGAUGGAAAUGUGUCUCCUCUGGCCUUCAAACCUCUGAGGCAGCUGAUUUACCUCAGGCUGGAUGACAAUAAAUUCAGAGCUAUUCCUUCUGGUCUGCCUGUUUCAGUACAGGAGCUCCACUUGUCGGACAACAAGAUAGAGGUGGUCCAUUCAGGGCUCCUAAACAAGACCACAAACCUGAGAGUCCUGAACCUCAGCCAUAACCGACUCCGAGAGGACCGCAUUCAUCCCAGAGCUUGGAUACACUUGCUAAAACUGGAGUUUUUGGACCUCUCCCACAAUAAACUGGUUCACGUUCCCUCAUUCCUGCCGGUGGGUCUCCGGCAGCUCGUCUUGCAUCACAACCAAAUUGAGCGCAUCCCUGGCUAUGUGUUCGGCCACCUGCGGCCCGGCCUGGACUCGCUUCAGUUGUCUUACAACCGCCUGCGUGAAGACGGCAUCAAUGAGGUGUCCUUCAUCGGCCUGUACAACUCACUGACCGAACUCCUGCUGGACCACAACCAGCUCAGAGCAAUCCCAAGAGGCAUUGUGCAGUUGAAGAGCCUACAGCACCUGAGACUCAACCACAACUACAUCAGCUACGUCACUAUGAACUCACUGUGUGAUACUACGGCACGGGACGACUCUUCACUGGUGUCGGUUCACCUGGAGUUUAACCUGAUAGAGCGGCGCCUCAUUCCACCCACAGCCUUCUCUUGCAUCAGAACCUACCAGAGCGUCCUGCUGCGGCCCCAGAGAUACGAGGAGCACCAGAUCUGAAACACAAAACAUUUUCAGCUAAAUCUCCAUUCAAGUCAGCAUUCGG